CUUAAACUCACAACAGACAAGACACAAUGGUCCAACCUCUGGAGAUCCGGUUCCUCGUAACCGACCCCAACGCAUGGAGUAUAAUCACCAUCGCCGAGGAACUCGCAAUCCCAUAUACAAUCCACACCCACCAAAAUCCGUCACAUCGCUCACCAAAUAUCAUCCCAUCGACCCCAGAGCUCCCAACCCUCACAGACCCCAACACGCAAACCACCCUCUUCCACGCCAACCCGAUCAUCCAAUACCUCGUCGACCACUACGACCGCACAAAUCUCCUAAGCCAUGCCACUACCACCACGGAGAAACACCUCCUAAACCAAUGGUUGCAUCUGCAGACGACGCUGAGCUCCAGCUCCCACUCCCAAACCCACACCAUCCUAGCAACGCUGAACACCGCCCUGACGAACAAGUCCUGGCUCGUGGGCGAGCGCUGUAGCCAUGUCGAUUUGGCGUUUCUACCGGGUCUUCAUAGUCUUGCUUCUUCGGACGGGGCCCUGGGGUUGGAGCCGAGGGCGUAUCCGUUUGUCGCGGCGUGGGUGGGGAGGAUGGAGACGAGGGCGGCGUGGGGGAGGGUUCUUGCUGUGCGGGCGGGGUUGGUGCGGGACGCGGGUGCGGUAGAGCCUGAAGAAGAGGGGGGGCUGUUGGAUGGGGAGAGUGAGUGGGAGGAGAUUGAGGGCUGUUCGAUUGGGGUCAAGGAGGAUUUGGGGGCGGAUGUAUCCGUUCAAGCUGUGGCGGUUGAGGCUGCGGUGAGAAUCCAGGAGAUUGAUGAUGCUGCUGAUGAUGACGAUGACGAUGAAAGAGAGGGCAUCCUGCCGUGCGCUGCUGGAUUCGCGCUGCAGAGAGUAUCCACACCCCGCCAGGUGCACCGCACCGAUGACGAGGAGAGGGAGGGCAUUCUCCCGUGUGCGGCGGUCGCGUUGCAUGCUCAUGCUCAUGCAGCCCCGAGUCAAAUGAGGAGUGGCGAGGACGAAGACAGGGAGGGAAUCCUCCCGUGCGGCGCUUUCGGCGCGCACGCGAGGCAGUCUUCAACCGGGACGACAGUCGUCAUGGGUAAUGGUGACGAUGAGCAGGAGGGAAUCCUCCCGUGCGGUGCUUUCGGGGGUCACGCGCAGCACAUAUCACUGAAGCCGACCACGACAGCCGAGGUUCACGAUGACGACGACGGCGACGAUGAAAGAGAAGGCAUGCUGCCCUGCACUGUGAUCGGGCUUCAUUCGGAGCACCUUCCCUCGAAGGGGACAGUGGUUGAAAGUGAGGGUGAGAGCGACGACGAGAAGGAGGGAUUCCUCCCGUGCGGAGCUUUCAGGGCCCACACGCAGCAUGCACCCGCUACCACAGAGGUCGAAGACUCUGAUGUCGACGACGAUAUGAAAGAGGGCAUUCUCCCGUGCGGUGCUUUCGGCUCACAUACUGAGCACGUACUCUCUCCCGCAGGGGUCGAGGAUGACGACGACGACGACGACGACGACGAGGAGAAGGAAGGCAUGCUCCCCUGCGCCGGCAUCGGGAUGCCGCCGCCGUACGCAACGUGCACUGCCGAGGAGGAUGAUUUUGAGCGAGAAGGCAUGCCUCCCUGCUCUCUGAUGGGGAUGGUAUACUAAGCGUGCCAUGAAACGAAGAACCGUCCGUGUGCUGAACAGAUUGCUAUAGCCAGCGCGACGAUAAUUGUAUAAUGCGAACAUGAUAUCAUUCCCA